AUGCUUGUAAACCAGCAGCCACAGAUUUCAGCUCCAACGCGGACCCCUUUCCUCCAGGCCCAAAUGGCCCUUUUAACUGCAUGCCUAGUGCCUUGCCUUCAUCGUUUUUCUUCGGUUUCACCGAAGGAAGGCAGCCUGGACCAAUUCAGCAGCAACAUGGAGUCGGAAAAUAGGUCCCUGUUCACCGUGCUCUUCUCCGUACGUCUCCGCAUCUUCAACCGGCGCUCUGCCCGGCCACGGGGCUCCCAGCCCGGGCCCCUGGCUCCCCGCGGCGCCCGGACUCCUCGGUCCGCCUGCAUCUGGCCGCCGCUGGCGGUGCUGACCGAGCAGGAUACGCCCUCGUCAGUCCGCCAGGGACAGCCCAGCCGGGUGGCUGCUAGUCUUCUGAACCAGUUUUCCAUUAGAGCAGCCAAGAAGAUGCAAGAUUGUCUGUGUAAUUCAAGCAAAAAUGUUUUUAUUUUGAAGAUCUGGCUUCUAAAUUCACAGGGGUCCCUCAUCAGUCAGAGCUGGGUAGCAGUUCACGGGGACGAGGUUUGCCUUCCAGAGGCUGACAGUGCUCUCUCACCAGCCGUGGAGGAAGUCCGCCAGCCUGCAAAGAUGACACGUCUUGAAGGCCCCCACUCAAACCAAGGCCCAGACAAGUCCUGUGGCCCUGUGGCUCCUGAGGAGGAGCUGGUGUCUGCCUCCCAACUGGAGGAGGAGGAAGAAAAUGAGGAGGAAGAGGAGGAUCUGGAUCCAGAUCUAGCCCCGGACCUGGAGGAGGGAGUAGAUGAAGAGGAGGAAGAGCUCGUGGACCCAGCUAUCCUCAGUGCUGUCACUAACACCCAGAGAGGUCUUCCAAGCUCUCCUGGAAUCAAGGCCUCUGGUGUGCUGGGGAUGUCACCUGCCUCCUUGCACUUUCUAUGGCAGACCCUGGACUACUUGUCGCCAGUUCCUUUCCGGCCUACACUUCCCAGUGCCGGCUCUCCAGUGCGGCACUUUGGACCUCGACUGCUCCCACCAGACCCAUAUGUCUUCUGCAGCCCACCAACCUCAUGGUCUCCUAGGUUCAGUCAUCUGACCCAGCUCCACCCUCAACACCAACGGAUCUUGCAGCUGCAGAAGCACAGUCGAACACCAAGGCCCCCAGCCAAGAAGCCCUGGUCUCGGCAGUCAGACGCCUAUGCUAACCUCAUGACCCGCAAAGAGAAGGACUGGGUGAUAAAAGUGCAGAUGGUUCAGCUGCAGAGUGAGAAGCCCUGCCUGGAUGACUAUUACUACCAGAAAUAUUAUCAGAAACUAGAGAAGAAGGAGGCAGAUGAAGAGCUGCUUGGACAAAGGAGCAAGGUGGAGUCCCUCAAGCUGGUCACACCUUACAUUCAGAAGGCAGAGGCUUACGAGUCAGUGGUUCGAUUCGAGGGUUCCCUGGGCCAGGUGGCCAUGUCAACGUGUUUUAGCCCUCGCAGAGCUAUUGAUGCUGUACCCCAUGGAACUCCAGAACCGGAGAUAGGAGCUGCAAGCAGCCAGAGGCUUCGGGUGUUGUCCUGGAUUGAGAAGAUGUUUCUUCAGUUACUAGAGAUAGAGGAGGGCCAGAAGAAUGGGCCUCCACAGUCCUGCUACUCUGAGCAGCAGAGAAACCAGGUUGAGAAGCUCUUCCAGGCCUUAAAGACCCAGGAGCAGGAUAACCUGGAGGAGGCAGCAGAUGGCUUCCUGCAGGUGCUCUCUGUGAGGAAGGGGAAAGCCCUAGUAGCCCGGCUGCUCCCCUUCCUGCCCCGGGAUCUAGCUGUCAGCCUUCUUCUGGCUAUCAUCCACCAUCUGCCACUCCUGGUCAAGAGGGAUGCAGCUGAUCAGGUCCUACAAAUGUUAUUCAAGCCUCUGGGCAAAUAUAUCAGACACUUGACCUUCCAAGAACUCCUCCAAGGACUUCAGGGAUUAAUGCUGCUUCCACCUGGCUCCUCAGAGCGGCCAGUCACUGUGGUGCUUCAGAAUCAGUUUGGAAUAUCUUUGCUCUACACCCUGCUGAGUCAUGGGGCACAGCUGGUAUCCCUGGAUCCAUCCCUGGAGGAACCCAGCAGUGACCAUACAGCUUGGACAGACAUAGUGAUUUUGAUCGCCUGGGAAAUAGCUCAGAUGCCUACAGCCUCUUUGGCUGAACCCCUAGCCUUCCCCACCAACCUCCUUCCCCUGUUCUGUCGCCACGUGGACAAACAAUUGAUACAGCAGCUAGAGGCUACAAUGCAGCUUGCCUGGAUCUACUGAUCUCAUUGUUCUGGAAUACGGCCAUGUGGGGAAAGUUUAAUUAUCAGACACUAGCUGUGUGAGCUAUGUCUACAGGGAUCCAAGAGUCUGAAGACAUUUCUUAUGCCUUAAUACAUUGGAGGACCCUACCCAAAACAUUUUCUUAGCUGUCUUCAAAAACCUGAGUGAUGUGCCUAAAAAGGCAUGGCAUAAUAAGGUAUAAUUAAAGAGAUAAUGAUGUGUUGAAACUUGUUUGUAAGAGAAAGUACCCCUAGAUGAGCUAUGAUUGUUGAAUAUACAUAUACACAUCUCUUUGGGGAUCUGAAAUGUUUGGUUUAACUUGACAAACAAGGUUAUCAGCAAAGACUGGAGUGCCUUUAUGAACCAGGCACCGUUUUAG